AUGGACCAAAAGCCAUUCCUCCAUCAUCAACCAGCUGCGAGAUACACACCGCGCCUACGCCCCCGGAGCUUCCUUGUUGCAGCGGCUUUGUUAUUGUUGUUUGGAUACUAUGUAUACGGUCCAGCAGCGUCGUCGGGACAGAGUGGCCCAUCUCCUGUAUACAAUCAUGGAUACUCAAUACGGUACUGGCCUGGCUGGUCUGGUCUGAACCACAUCAUCUUCUUCGGCGACAGCUAUACAUCGACCCGAUUCUUACCCCGGAACGACCCACCAUCGUUCGAGAAUCCGUUUGGGAAUCCUCCAAUCCCCGGCAACGUCAGUCAGAAACGACCGCUGUGGUCCGACUUUGCCGUCAUGAAAUACAACCAAAGCCGACUCACGGCCAUCAACCUAUCUUGGGGCGGCGCCACGAUCGACGAUGAACUCCUCGUCCCUUUCAUGGAUGUCAUCGAGGGGCUGAAUCGACAGGUUGGCGGCCAUUGGAGGGACAAGUAUGCUGGGGGCGGGAUCGAUGCGGCGAAUUUCCACUGGCAAUCGCAUGAUACACUCAUUACUUUCUGGUUCGGCAUCAACGACAUUAUUGCUGCAUUUCAUUGGGAAAACAGAACAGAGGUUUGGCAGAGGGAUCUGACGACGUAUCGCGAGAGCAUCGAGCAGGUAUACCAGGGAGGCGGCCGCAACUUUCUAUUCUUUAACGUGCCGCCCAUCGAACGUGCUCCUAUCACCCUCGCCAUGAACGAGGACCUCCAGAAGAAGAAGGCGAUGCAGGUCGCCGAGUGGAAUCAAGAACUCUUCAACAUGGUGCACGACUUUACCAAGCUACACAACGACACAACGACGUUUUGGUGGGAUACGUACAAGUCAUAUACGGAAGUCCUCGAUGACAAAUGUUCGCAUAAACAAACGUGCGUCCUGAAGGAAAUGACGGGAUAUUGUGUCGAUUACGCGAAUCGCCUAGAUACUGAUUUACUGGUGUCGUGGGAUCAAUUUGAGUCCGGUUGCGCGCACCCGCUCAAGGAUUACUUCUGGAUGGAUAUCCUCCAUCACGGAUACCACAUGCACGAUGUAACUGCACAAGGCGUCGUUCGGAUGAUGACUCAAACGCCUCGAAACUACUUCCCGCCGAGCCUGGGAUCGAUAUCGGGCAUUGGCCCGGGUGUUGGCGCUGGGUGA